UAGGUUAUAUCGUUGAUCUCGUCUUUGCUCGCAUAUCGCCCUACGUCAAUCUGAAUUUGACGAGCUGAGUAAUUGCAUCGUAAGUUAAAGACAUGGCGAUACUGAGAUUCUACAAAAUUCCCGGCCUUCAGUCAGGGCAACGAAACAACAAACUGAACAUCCUGAAAGAAAUCUCAAGUUCGGUUCAUGACUUGGAAACUGAAACUUGCUACAACAUUGAACUUACACAGGAGCUUAGUCAGGAUGAGAUUUUCAGACUAAAAUGGAUUUUGGGCUCUCCUUUUUGGCCAGAUAACCUAUGGAGUACCUCUACCUUGAUCCAGGAUCCUCAGACUCUACUUAUAGAAAUUGGCCCUAGGCUGAAUUUCUCCACUGCGUUUUCAAGCAAUGCUGUAUCGAUAUGCAAAUCAGUUCAGCUGAGCAAAGUGAGAAGAUUAGAAGUUUCGACGAGAUAUCUUGUUAAGCUUACAUCAAUGCUAAAUGAAGAAACAGUGUCUGCAAUAGUUGAUGCGAUGCACGAUAAAAUGACUGAGUGCAGGUACCUGAAACCAAUAGAAACAUUUGAUCACGGUAUCAAGCCAAAAGACUGGUAUGAGGUUGAUAUUCUCAAGUUUGGGAGAAAAGCUUUAGAGGACGUGAACUCAGAGCUGGGUUUGGCUUUUGACGACUGGGAUUUGGACUUCUAUGCAGAUCUGUUUGGUUCUAAGUUGAAACGUAAUCCAACAAGCGUAGAGUGCUUCGACCUUGCACAAUCUAACAGUGAGCACAGUCGCCAUUGGUUUUUCAAAGGCGAGAUGGUGGUGGAUGGUGAAAUGCAGAAAGAGUCUCUGAUCGACAUGAUUAUCGACACGCAGAAUUACUCAAACUCAAAUAACGUCAUCAAAUUCAGUGAUAAUAGUAGCGCAAUCAAGGGUUUCAACUUACGUACCCUUCGCCCAGAUAAAACCCAUGAGGCUAGCCCUUUCCGUGUUGACGACGUUAACCAGCACAUAAUAUUCACUGCCGAAACACAUAAUUUUCCAACUGGCGUUGCUCCGUUUAGCGGGGCCACAACUGGUACUGGAGGACGAUUGCGAGAUAUUCAAGGUGUUGGGAGAGGCGGGUAUUAUAUUGCGGGUACCGCAGGAUAUUGUGUUGGAAAUCUUCACAUUCCAGGCUAUGAUUUGCCUUGGGAAGAAAAGGAUGUCUUGUAUCCUGGGAAUUUUGCUCGCCCAUUGGAAAUUAUAAUAGAAGCUAGUAACGGCGCUUCUGAUUAUGGUAAUAAAUUUGGAGAACCAGUAAUAUCUGGGUUUGCCCGUUCAUUUGGGCUAGUUGAGGCUGAGGGUGGUCGUCGAGAAUGGAUUAAGCCUAUCAUGUUUAGCGGUGGGUUGGGUUCUAUGGAAGCUAACAUGACGAAGAAAUUGCCACCUGCAAAAGGGAUGCAAGUUAUUAAAAUUGGAGGCCCCGUAUACAGAAUUGGUGUUGGAGGUGGAUCCGCAAGCUCUGUUGAGGUCCAGGGUGACAACAAGUCAGAAUUGGACUUUGGUGCAGUACAACGAGGAGAUGCAGAGAUGGAGCAAAAGCUGAAUCGCCUUGUACGGGCCUGUAUGGAAAUGGGAAACAAUAAUCCAAUAUUGAGCAUACACGAUCAAGGAGCUGGAGGAAACGGAAAUGUAUUAAAGGAAUUGGUAGAACCAGCAGGCGCUGUAAUAUUUUCUAAGAAAUUUGAUCUAGGAGAUCCAAGCAUAAGUACUCUUGAAUUGUGGGGUGCAGAGUAUCAGGAAAAUGAUGCUAUAUUAUGCAAACCAGAAGACGUUAGUUUGUUGAAAAAAAUUGCGACACGUGAACGGUGUCCUAUUAAUUUUGUUGGUACAGUUACCGGAACUGGUAAAAUAGUACUAUCAGAGGAAGACAACUGCGACGCAUCAAAAUAUCUCAACGGGGAGGUAAAUGAAAAUGUUAGGCAUCCUGUGGAUCUGGAACUCGAGCUUGUAUUGGGCAAAAUGCCAAAGAAGAUGUUCAAUCUUAACAAACACCAAGUAACUUCUAUGCCAAUCACUUUACCUGUUGGCUUGAGUAUCGAAGCUGCAUUGGAUCGAGUCUUAAGAUUACCCUCCGUUGCAAGUAAACGGUAUUUGACCAAUAAAGUUGAUCGUUGCGUAACUGGUUUGAUUGCGCAACAGCAGUGCGUAGGUCCACUACACACCCCUCUAGCUGAUGUGGCUGUUACAGCACUUUCACAUUUCUCCACAGUCGGCUCUGCAACAGCCAUAGGAGAACAGCCAAUAAAAGGCCUCGUUGAUGCAGCUGCUGGUGCAAGAAUGACAGUUGCCGAAUCUCUGACUAAUCUUGUAUUUGCUCGCAUAUCAGAACUUGCAGAUGUUAAAUGCAGUGGUAAUUGGAUGUGGGCUGCCAAGUUGCCUGGCGAAGGUGCAGCGCUAUAUGAAGCCUGUGUUGCUAUGUGCUCUAUAAUGAAGGAAUUGGGGAUAGCUGUUGAUGGGGGUAAAGAUUCUCUGAGCAUGGCUGCGCGAAUCGGAAAAGACGUAGUCAAGGCACCAGGAACACUAGUUGUUUCAUCCUACGCACCAUGUCCUGACAUAAGACAGGUUAUUACUCCUGACUUAAAGGGUCCAUCUAUUAAAAUAAACGGAGCCCUAGUUUUUGUAGAUUUAUCUGCUGGAAAGAGUCGUAUAGGCGGCACAGCUUUAGCUCAAGUUUAUAAACAAAUUGGUAACAGCUGCCCAGAUUUCGAAGAUGCGGUAACUUUCAAGAAUGCAUUUAAUGCCAUACAGAAUUUAAUAAAAGAUCGCAAGCUCAUGUCAGGUCACGAUGUAAGUGAUGGUGGUUUAAUUACUUGUUUAUUGGAGAUGAGUUUCGCUGGAAUAUCUGGUAUAGACGUAAAUAUCAAUCACAAAUCAGGCUCCCCGAUUGAUGUUCUAUUUUCUGAGGAGCUGGGCUGGAUUUUGGAAGUUGAUCCCAUAAAUGUUGAUCAUGUUAUGAAAGUUUUCAAACGCGAUAAUGUUCCAGCUUAUAUUAUCGGAAACUCAAAGGAUUUCGGCCUACAAUCGAAAGUAUCUGUAUCAGUCAACGAUAAUAUUGUACUCAGUUCAUCGGUAUUUCCUCUUAUGGAAAUUUGGGAGGAAACAAGUUAUAGAUUGGAACUACGACAAACUAACAUAGCUUGUGCUGAAGAAGAAUUUCUCAGGCUUUCGAUGAGGAGUUCACCGGCUUACAAACUCACAUUCGACUCUGCAGUUAGUCCAAUUAUUACUCAAAAGCAUAUGGCAUCUCCGUUUAAAGUUGCUGUGAUACGCGAAGAAGGCUCAAACGGGGACCGAGAAAUGUCCGCGUCUCUGAUACAAGCUGGUUUCGAAGUUUGGGAUGUGGUCAUGCAAGACCUUUUGAAUAAUCAGCUAACACUGGACACAUUCAGAGGUGUCAUAUUCCCGGGUGGUUUCAGUUAUGCUGACGUGCUUGGGUCGGCUAAAGGCUGGGCAGCAAGCCUUUUGUUCCAUCCUACUCUAAAGACACAACUACAAAAAUUUGUUGAGCGCAAAAAUACUUUCAGUUUAGGUGUAUGCAAUGGAUGUCAACUAAUGAGCUUGCUAGGAUGGAUAGGCUGUCUAGAAAAUGAUGAUGGAAUCCCAGACGUUGUAUUGGAUCACAACAACUCUGAAAGGUUUGAGUGCCGAUGGAGUACAGUAAAAAUUGAAAAUUCUCCAUCCAUCAUGUUGCAAGGAAUGGAAGGCAGUGUGUUUGGAGUUUGGGUAGCUCACGGCGAGGGAAGGUUCACAUUCCGAAAUCAACAAAUUUUCAGAAAAUUAAAGGAACAUAAAUGUGUAGCUAUCAGGUACACGGAUGAUCAAGGUAUCGCCACUGAACAAUAUCCACAAAAUCCGAAUGGCAGUAUUGAGGGAAUAGCUGGAGUCUGUUCGCUCAAUGGAAGGCAUUUAGCUAUGAUGCCUCAUCCAGAGAGGUGCACUCAAAUGUGGCAAUGGCCAUGGGCUCCAGUCUCCUGGAUGCAGAAGCAAUCACCGUGGAAACGUAUUUUUCAAAAUGCCUAUGCUUGGUGUCAGUCGGUCUAAAUUGAUACUAGGUAUGUUAUCUUGCAAUUAGAGGAGUAAGAUCUGUGUAUAUUAUUGAUAGGGCUGUUUGUAGACCAAAUUUUCGUUAUCAAGACUCGAAUACAUUAUUUCUUUUUCGUGCAACUUAAUAAGUAGCAAUGAAACAGUUAAUAAAUGCUGGCAGUUCUAUUGAAAUAUGUAUUAUCUCCACUUUAAAAACCUGCUGAUAAAUGAGGUAAGAAUAUAUGGUAUACUGAGUAUAAAAUAGUUUAAAUCUAUUGACCAACUUAGAGUGAAUAAUAAGUGUGCGAAUUUCAUAAAUAUAUAAUUUCGUUUGAUUCAA